AUGGCCGAGAAGACCGACUUCGACGAUCCUGCCCCUCGACAUCUCUCACUAUUCCGCCUGGUAGUCGACCAGGCGCGUAUCACACAAGAAGUCCUCAAACAUCCGUAUCCGGGUUCCGGCACGGAGGAAGAUCCAUACAUCGUCUCCUACAUUCCCAAUGAUGUUGGCAACCCUUACAACUGGACUUCGUCCCGAAGAUGGACGAUUAGCUGGAUCGCCGCUACCGAAAUGCUUGCUUCUGCUUUCGCUUCAAGUGCAUUCAGCGGCACUCUUCGAGAGCUCAUUUUCGACUUCGGCGCAAGCACAGAGUUGAUCACAGCCGGAAUUUCAUUGUUCGUGCUCGGUUUCGCCACAGGGCCACUCCUGUGGGCGCCAUUAAGUGAGAUUUAUGGACGACAAAUGAUGUUCUUCAUCAGUUUCUGCGGAUUCACAGCUUUCAAUGCCGGAUGCGCUGGCGCCAAUAGUAUCGGUACACUGUUGGUCUUGCGGUUUUUCGCUGGUGCUUUCGGUUCAUCGCCCUUCACGAACGCUGGAGGUGUGAUUGCAGACAUAUUCCCAGCGAGCGAACGAGGACUUGCUAUGGGGAUCUUCGCCCUAGCGCCUAGCAUGGGACCAACACUUGGACCUUUCUGCAGUGGCUUUCUUUCGGAAACACAGGGCUGGAGAUGGGUAAUGGGAAUGCUGACAAUCUUCUCCGGAAUUCUCUGGAUCCUCGGAACUGUUUUCGUUCCAGAGACAUAUGCUCCGGUUAUCCUUCGUCGGAGAGUUGACAAACUAACCAAGAUGACUGGAAAGGUCUAUAUGCUGCAAUCGGACAAGGAGAAGGGGCGUCCUUCCUUGAAGUCGCUCCUGCCGACUGCUUUGAUCCGACCUUGGAUUCUCCUUUUCAUGGAGCCAAUUGUACUACUAUUGUCAUUAUACAUCGCAAUCGUCUAUGGAACCCUUUACCUUCUUUUCGGCGCGUAUCCGAUUGUGUUCCAGGAAGUCCGUGGCUGGUCCGAAGGCAUUGGCGGCCUUCCCUUCCUCGGAGUCGCCGCUGGAAUGGUGUUGGGCAUAGUAUUCUCUGGCUAUUGCAACAAAUUCUACCUCAAAGCCGCUCAAAAGCAUGGUGGCAUUGCCCCAGCCGAAGCACGACUUCCUCCCGCAUUCGUGGGAGCAGUCGCUGUCCCAAUCGGUCUUUUCUGGUUCGCCUUUACCAAUUCACCAUCGAUUCACUGGAUUUCGCCGGUCCUUGCGGGGGUGCCGUUCGGCUUUGGGUUUUGUAUCCUCUUCCUCGUCGUCACCAAUUACCUCAUCGACUCCUAUACCGUCUUUGCUGCAUCGGUCCUCGCAGCUAACACCGUAUUGAGAUCUCUCUUCGGUGCUGCAUUCCCCUUGUUUACCGAGGAUAUGUUCAAAAAUUUACACAUCCACUGGGCUAGUGCAAUCCCGGCUUUCCUGGCGUUAGCUUGCGUUCCGUUCCCCUUCAUCUUCUACAAGUACGGAGCGUCGAUCCGGGCACGCUGCGUUUACGCUGCUAGAGCAGAGGCGGCCAUGGACGAGCUACGGGCCAAGGCUGCUCAGACAACUUCCACAGGAGGUCUCGCAUCUUCCGUGCCUUCGGAAGAGGGGGCAGCGGAAGAGCAGGCCGCAGAACCGAAGUCGCGGUUCGAACCCAUUAGGUCAUCCACCGAUCAAGUUGACCGGGCAUCUUUGACCAGAACCAAGUCACAAGCUGGAAGUAUCUCAGAAGCUGCCAACUACAACGCUAGUCCUUACGAUAUCGACCGGGUCAAUACAUCGACAUCGAUCGCUGGAUUGGAUCUAAGCAAAACGAGGACGAAUCCAUCCACAAGUCGGUAA